AUGCAGGAGAUCAUUAAAAAGGUGAAAUCCAUAACCGAGUUCACACGCAGAAGUACAGUGGCCACAGCAAAACUGAGGGAGAUGCAGCAGCAGAUGGGCCAGCCUCAACUUAUCCUGAAGCAAGACGUGGCUACAAGGUGGAAUUCUACCUAUUACAUGCUGAAGCGGAUCACAGAGGUCAAGGAGCCCCUCAUCUCCACACUGGCCUUGAUUAAUCCCCAACUUCAAGUGCUGUCACAGGCGGACUGGGAGAUCAUCAAGGAGGCCUGUGACGUCCUGCAGCCCUUUGAAGAAGUUACAGUGGAGCUGAGUGCAGAGAAAACCAACGACCCUCUGGAGUGGUGGAGAUCUCGAGCCACUGUGUUCAAAAAUGCAUGUGAUGUAAUGAAAACCAGACUCUGCGUUGUGGCGACAUCAGUACCGUCAGAGCGCAUCUUUUCAAAAACAGGGCAAAUCCUGACUGACAGAAGAAACAGGCUCACCUCGCGCAAAGUCCAGCAGCUUGUUUUCCUCAAUGCCAAUUUAUAA